AUGAUAUACACACUAAACCUGCUGGCCUCUAUUGCCUCUGCUGGCUUUGGCGUCAUUGCCAUUAUCAACCCCAGCGUGCUCUCCCACUCGUCACAAGUUACCAACGGCGAGCGCUUCUAUCAGCGCAUGUACAGUGCACGCGCUGUGACAUGGGAGCUUCUUACAGGAAUCCUGCCGUUUUAUCAUGUACGAGGACCGGCGGUCGCGGCGGUGCUCGCGACGUCGGCUACGGUGCAGCUCGCUGAUGUCGCCAUUGGCCUUGGGCGGCGAGAUGCAGGCAUGGCGAUGGGCGCUUUUCUUGCAGCCAGCGUGCAUGCUGUAUGUUACUGGUACACGUUGUAG